CGCUCCCCAUUAUUCCAUAGCGGUGGGUGAAGAAUCAUUUCUGGACAGUGGAGAGUCUGGAGACUGACGAGAGUUGAAGCCAGAAAAGAAAAAUUGGUAAUCGGAGCGCCAUUGCCGGGCUGAAGAUCUCACGUUAAUGUCUAAUCUCCUAUUUCUAUGCCUAUCUUCUUCCUAUUAGAAGAAAUUAUAUGCUGGUUUUGGUUAUUAAUACUUAAAUGGAAGAUAUUGUAUUCCGCUGUGCAUCACCAACUUGCUCAUAAGCAAGUUAACUGUUGGAAGAGCACUUCGUUUCUUCAAGGUUUCCUGUUUAAUGUUAAAGCACUUGGAAGUGGGCAUAUAUCUCACUUUAUAUGCUAACUUUUCUUCCAAAUCUGUUAGUCUACUUUGAUGGCUCUGCCCUGCCUGGAUGUGCAAGGAGAAGGUGAUUCUGACAGAGAUCCUUUUCUGAUGGAGCAUUCAGUUUAUUAUAAUGAACAUGAGCACAAUCAUGUUAUUGAUGUAACAAUUGGUGGUUCUACUUCAGCAUCAGUUACUCAAGGCGAGCAUAAUGAAUCUCCUGAAAUGCACAAUGAAGAUAGGCCCUCAACUAACGGCCAAGCUGCUGCCUCUUGGUUAUCUUCAUCACCAACCACUACCUCUAGGGGUGCUCCUCGUAGAGGAAGAGUUGAAAGUCUUGGUCAACGUCACAGAAAUCCUCUCAAUUCUGGCUUGUGGAUUUCAGUUGAACUGGCUGCCAAUGUGAGCCAGAUUGUAGCAGCUAUUGUGGUUUUAUCUUUGUCCAGACAUGAGCAUCCUCGAGCUCCAUUAUUUGCUUGGGUCAUUGGUUAUACGGUAGGCUGUUUUGCUAUUCUUCCUCAUCUCUGGUGGCGAUACAUUCAUCGGAACUAUCACAGGUCUGGCCGAGAAUCAGCAGAAUCACAUCAGCAUUCUUUUCGGAAUAAUGCUACUGAAUCUGUAGCAUAUGCUGAUGCUUCUUUCACACAAGCUAUGGAAGGAAGUUUUAGCCGUGGUACCACUACACUCUUACGUUUGGGUCAAAAUUUUGUAUUGACUAAUUCAAGGCUAAACGCAUUAGUUGAUCAUUUCAAAAUGGCCUUGGAGUGUUUCUUUGCUGUUUGGUUUGUUGUUGGUAAUGUUUGGGUUUUUGGUGGCCAUUCUUCAGCAGCAGAUGCUCCCAACUUGUACAGGUUGUGUAUAGCUUUCCUUACUUUCAGUUGUAUUGGGUAUGCAAUGCCCUUUAUUCUCUGUGCAACAAUUUGCUGCUGUUUACCUUGCAUAAUUUCUGUCCUGGGCUUUAGAGAAGACCUUCCCCUUACCAGAGGAGCUACAUCAGAAUUAAUUAAUGCACUUCCAACAUACAAAUUCAAAUCAAAGAGGAACGAAAAUGGAGGACAAAGUGAAACUGAUGAGGGAAACUUUGAGGGUGGUUUAUUGGCUGCUGGAACUGACAAGGAGCGAAUUGUUUCUCCUGAAGAUGCAGUCUGCUGCAUCUGCCUGGCCAGGUAUGUGGAGAAUGAUGAGCUACGCGAGCUUCCUUGCACCCACUUUUUCCAUUCAGAGUGCGUAGACAAGUGGCUCAAGAUCAAUGCACUGUGCCCCCUCUGCAAGUAUGUUGUUAUAGAUUCUGGUGGUGGCUUUUCUUCUGUUCUAAGCUCCCUCCGCCACACCACUAAUCAGAGGGUAGUAGGCCGUUCAGUUUCUGCAGAAAAUAUAGUUUAGAUCAAUAUUCAAUAGAGAGGAUCUACCAAAGGCUAACGACCAUGAUUGCUAUUGCUUGCUUGUUUAUAUGUAUAGUAGUAAUUCUAGCCUUCUAUUAACAUCAAAUUCUCUUAUUCGUUUGAUGCUUUUAGUUUUCUGGAACAACAAACAUUUGGUUUGGUGGGGCUUCGUUUCGGAGAGCUUUCUUACUGCUUUAUAAAA